GGAAGCUUCGGCCUCAACGUGCGGGCGCCAGGACCGCGCGGAGCCAGUUCCGGGGCGGUCCCGAACUCCCAGUCCCAGAAUGCCCCGGUUUAUUUGCAUCGUUCCGUUCCGAGUGACGUCAACUGAGUGAGGCCGCACCUCGGCCAAUGGGUGGCCGCGGAGUGUUAGGACCUGGCCAUAUAAGGAAACUACUUUGCUUCCCACUUUUUCAUGGGCGGCGAGAAGUUUGACACCCCCCACCCUGAAGGUUACCUCUUCGGGGAGAACAUGGACCUGAACUUCCUGGGCAAUCGCCCCGUCCAGUUUCCUUAUGUCACCCCCGCGCCCCAUGAGCCCGUGAAGACGCUGAGGAGCCUCGUGAACAUCCGGAAAGACUCCCUCCGGCUUGUGAGGUACAAAGACGAUGCCGAUAGCCCCUGCGAGGACGGCGAGAAGCCUCGGGUGCUCUACAGCCUGGAGUUCACCUUUGACGCCGACGCCCGCGUGGCCGUCACCAUCUACUGCCAGGCAGUGGAGGAGGUUCUGAACGGGGCGGCCGUGUACAGCCCCAGGAGCCCUGCGCUGCAGUCAGAGACCGUCCACUACAAGAGAGGGGUGAGCCAGCAGUUCUCCCUGCCCUCCUUCAAGCUCGACUUCUCGGAGUGGAAGGACGACGAGCUGAACUUCGACCUGGACCGGGGCGUGUUCCCAGUGGUCAUCCAGGCUGUGGUGGAUGAAGGGGACGUUGUGGAGGUGCCUGGCCAUGCCCAUGUGCUCCUGGCCGCCUUUGAGAAGCACGUUGACGGCAGCUUCUCCGUGAAGCCCCUGAAGCAGAAGCAGAUUGUGGACCGGGUCAGCUACCUGCUGCAGGAGAUCUAUGGCAUCGAAAACAAGAACCACCAGGAGACCAAGCCCUCGGACGAGGAGAGCAGCGACAACAGCAGCGAGUGUGUGGUGUGCCUGUCGGACCUGCGGGACACGCUGAUCCUGCCCUGCCGCCACCUGUGUCUCUGCAACUCCUGCGCUGACACACUGCGCUACCAGGCCAGCAACUGCCCCAUCUGCCGGCUGCCCUUCCGGGCCCUUCUGCAGAUCCGGGCCGUGCGGAAGAAGCCAGGAGCCCUGUCCCCCGUCUCCUUCAGCCCUGUCCUGGCCCAGAGCAUGGAGCAUGACGAGCACUCUUGUCCCUUUAAAAAAUCAAAGUCGCACCCCGCCUCACUGGCCAGCAAGAAACCUAAAAGGGAACCAGGCUCGGACAGCGUCCCACCUGGCUACGAGCCCAUCUCCCUGCUCGAGGCUCUCAAUGGCCUCCGGGCCAUCUCUCCGGCCAUCCCUUCCGCUCCCCUUUAUGAGGAAAUCACCUACUCGGGCGUCUCGGAUGGCCUGUCCCAGGCCAGUUGUCCACUUGCUGGGGUGGAUCGCGUCACGGACGGCGGCCACCAGAAGGUCAAACCAAGGAGCAAGUCCCCUGACAGCACCCUGCGGUCCCCGUCGUCCCCCAUCCACGAAGAGGAUGAGGAGAAGCUCUCCCAGGACUUGGAGGCUCCUCCACUGAGUGGGGCGGGGCUGGUGCUGAGCAGCCCCCCAGAGAGUUUCGUGGCAGAGGAGGUCGAUGAGACGUUGUCAUUAAAUCAAGGGAGCCGAGCACCCUCCAUUGAGAAUGUGCUGCAGGACGGCAGCCCCGAGCGCUGUGGCCACAGCCAGCCGGGCCCACCUGCUGACAUCUACCUGCCAGGUUGGUCCACCUCCAUGGAGACGCCCCGCAGCCUCCGCGCCACCAGCACCCUCCGGCCUCCGCUCGGCAGUCCCAGUCCUGACCCCGGGACCACUGAGCUGACCCCACUCUGAGAGCCUGGCCCUGCUGGCAGCUGGAGCCCUCCGCUCCUCAGACUCUCCGAGGGGCUGCCCAGACUCUAGCACGCCCCCAGCCUCUCCCGUUUGCACGCCCUGCGUGCCGCUGGCUCCCGGGGCCCUGGCGACCCUGACUGAGGAGCACAGUGGGCCGACCCCUCUGACGAACCCCUUGCAACGGUUGAUGUGUUUGUAAAUGGUACAAGAUGAAGGACAGCGUCCAGUCCCAGUGUCGCGCUGAGGCUUCCCCAAUCCCUGCCAGCUCAGGCAGGCGCGGCCAGAAGGUUGACCCCCUCCCAGGAACUCAGCACGCUGGCAGGAGACAAUUCCCCGGGUGAAGCGGUGCCUUCACAGCCCCGCUGUGGGGGCUUGUUGCUGGGAGGCGAGGACACCGGCUGAGUUGCAGCCAAUGAAGGAAAAGUGCCUGCCCCUCCCCCAGGCAUGCCCGCCGUGGCUGGCUCUGCUUCCUGGAGCCCUCUGCGGUGGCUGUGCUGAGGCCUUGGCUCCCCGCUGCUGCCCCUCUCCCGCUCCACAACACCCCCUUGCUCCCCUCCCCGCCCCCCAGCCCCGCCUGCGCCCUGGACGGCCUGUGGUGUACCCCAGGCCCUGGCCUGGCCUGAGGCGAAGGCAGAGGUGUGGACGGGGCCCUACUGCAGCCUCGCCCCUGCUCAGAGGGGUUCUGCUGCGGGCCGACACCCGUGGGUGGAGGGCGCCCCUCUGGCAGCGGUGCUGGUGGCCACCUGCCCAGGCGGGGCUUGAAUCGCCCCCUCCCCUCUGCCAUUUCACAUCACCUUGCAUUUCUCUGAUUUGUUCUGUCGGGGCCCCUGUUAAGGACCUCUCUGGGGUGGGGGGAUCAGGGCCUGACAGCCCACUGGGGAGACAAGUCUCAUUUGAGGCAACCUCGUCUUUUUUAAAGAUAGACCUGAGCAACAAAGCAAAGGGGUGCCUGGCCUGGGAGGUGGAGGGACCCCGUCCCAGGUGCUGGCCCUGCUGGAAGGCCUGGGCGGGCAGUGUCAGUGCGGCGUGCCAGCUGCAGGGCGGCACUGGGGCCAGCGGCCCGGCAGGAUGGGGCUGAGCAGUGAGCAGCUGUCUAGUGCUCCCGCUGCCCGCCAUGGGCUGGCCGCCUCCCUCCAGGCACCCAUGCCCUCCUGCCAGGGCCCAUGUGCCGUGGGCAGCAGUGCUGCCCUGCUGGGAGGGCGGGCUGCAGACCGGCCUGUGUCGGUCAUAUGUGUGCUGUCACUUGACGUACUCUGGUUGGCUGGUUUUUGUCCGUUUUUACUGUAUAUUUGUAGUAAUAAAAUCACGCAGCGUUAUCGUGUCUGCGCCUCCCUCCAUGCAUGGCUGCUGCUGUG